CUCCUCUCACUUCCAUCAACACAAACACACCUCUCUCUCUCUCUCGCAGCCAUGGCUAACAUAGCUAUCUCCCUCUCUCUCUGCGUGAGCCUCCUCUUCCUCUUCCAUGGCUGCCUUGCUCAGCAGCAGCAGCAGUUCUGGCAGCGCAUGCAGUCGCAGCAGCAACACCGCUUCCGCGCCAAGACCCAAUGCCAAAUCCAGCAGCUCUCCGCCCGCGAGCCCACCUUCCGAUUCCAGUCGGAGGCCGGCGUCAGCGAGUACUGGGACGCCUCCAACGACGAGUUCGAGUGCGCCGGCAUCGAGUUCGUCCGACACCAAGUGAAGCCCAAGGGCCUCGUGCUGCCAUUCUACGUCAAUGCCCCAAGGCUCACCUUCAUCGUUGAAGGUAGCGGAGUUUUGGGGACUGUGAUUCCGGGAUGUGCGGAGACUUAUGAAUCCGAGGAGUCGGGAUCGAGCUCGCGCUACUCCGGAGAGGAAGGCCGGAGAGGCGACCACCACCAGAAACUCAGGCGGUUCCGCCGUGGUGACGUCAUCGCCUUGCCGGAGGGUAUCACGACCUUCGUUUACAACGACGGAGACGCCCCAUUGACCUACGUGUCGAUGAUGGACAUUGGCAAUGACAACAACCAGCUUGAUUUCAAAUUCAGAAAAUUCCUCCUUGCCGGAAACCCAGAAUCCAUCGAAAGGCCGCGCGGAGAGGGAACAUACAUGAGGAGGAGAGGCGAAAAAGAAGGACAAGAAACACGAAACGUAUUCUACGGCUUCGACGAGGAGCUUCUAGCCGAAGCUUUCAACACCGAUCCGGAGCUAAUGAGGAAGCUGCAAGGCCGAGAGGACGAGCGAGGCAUCAUCGUCCAUGCCGAGAAGCUGAGGAUGGUGCUCCCGGAGUGGGAAAGCGAGGACGAGGAACAUCAAGACCGACGACGAGGCUACUAUAACGGGUUAGAGGAAACCUUCUGCUCAUACAGAAUGAAGAGGAACUUGGACCACCCGACGAGCGCCGAUCUCUACAACCCACGCGGCGGCCGCAUCAGCAACGUCAACAGCCAAUCCCUCCCCAUCCUCAACUAUGUCCAGCUCAGCGCGCAACGAGGGAUCCUCUACAAGAACGCCGUCGUCGCGCCUCAAUGGUGCACGAACGCCCACUCAGCCAUAUACGUGACCAAAGGAAGCGCCAGAAUUCAAGUCGUCGGAACCCAAGGGAGAUCCGUCUUCGACGGAGAAGUGAACGAGGGGCAGCUUCUGAUCGUCCCACAAAACUUCGUAGUCGUGAAGAAGGCUAGCCAGGAAGGAUUCGAGUGGAUCGCGUUCAAGACCAACGACAACGCCAUGAACGCCCAGCUCGCCGGCCGGCUCUCGGCCAUCCGAGCAAUGCCGAACGAGGUUCUGAUGAACGCCUUCGGCAUUUCGAGAGACGAAGCAAAGAGCUUGAAGUUCGGGAGAGAAGAAUCUACACUCUUCAGCCCAUCGCAGAGAUAUGCAUAAAUCUGCAUGCAUGCUGUGGAAUUUUGUCACAAUAAAAUCUGCUCCUCGUGUUUUCUCAUAUGCAGGAGUAGUGUUGUAGACAUGUAUGUUUAAUUAUAAUAAA